GCAUCGCUCGGCAGCGUCCCCGAGCGGAUGGCGGCCUGCCUGUCCGGACAGGGGCGGGGCGGUGACAGGGUCUGAACCCAGUCGGCCCGCGGAGUCCGCCCGCCCCCGCCUGACCCGGCGGGUGUGGGAGCUACGCCCCGCGGGCGGGGCCCUCGGGCACGUGGGUCCCUGCGGCAGCGGCGGAACGGGAGCGCGGGCACCAGGGAGAGGUGGCUGUGGCAUUGAGGGCGAGAGCACCCGGCCUGGGGAGGAAACACGGGGCUGUGAGGCUUCUGGAUUCCCCAAGCACCAGCUAAGAAUGUGAGAACAGCACCAAGGCCUCAUGGGCAACUCUGAACCCUCAGCACUGCCUGCCUGCCCUGAGAAAUGCUGGAAGCUGGGCGCGGCCCCAGGAGGGGGACCUGUUUUUCCUGUUUCCUGCACAGUUCCCUGCAGCCCUAUCCAGGCGUGUGCAUUCAUGAGUGAGCAACCUGAGCGAGUGCUGAGCAUCCUGACCACGAGAGCAGGGGCUGGUCAGGACUAUGGAUGCAGAUCUGGGCCUCUGGAAUGGCAGCAUCAAUAACACCUGGGAUGGGGAUGAGCUGGGCUACAAGUGCCGCUUCAACGAGAACUUCAAAUACGUGCUGCUGCCUGUGUCCUAUGGUGUGGUGUGUGUGCUCGGGCUGUGUCUGAAUGUCGCAGUGCUCUAUAUCUUCCUGUGCCGCCUGAAGACAUGGAACGCCUCCACCACAUACAUGUUCCACCUGGCCGUGUCAGAUGCGCUGUACGCGGCCUCCCUGCCGCUGCUGGUCUAUUACUACGCCCGCGGGGACCACUGGCCCUUCAGCACGGUGCUCUGCAAGUUGGUGCGUUUCCUCUUCUACACCAACCUGUACUGCAGCAUCCUCUUCCUCACGUGCAUCAGCAUGCACCGGUGCCUGGGUGUCUUGCGCCCACUGCGCUCGCUGCACUGGGGCCGGGCCCGCUAUGCCCGCCGGGUGGCAGCCACCGUGUGGGUGCUGGUGCUGGCCUGCCAGGCGCCCGUACUCUAUUUCGUCACCACCAGUGUGCGUGGCAGCCGCAUCACCUGCCAUGACACCUCGGCCCCCGAGCUCUUCAGCCACUUCUUGGCCUACAUCUCCGUCGUAAUGGGCCUGCUCUUCGUAGUGCCCUUCGCCACCAUCCUGGUCUGCUAUGUGCUCAUGGCCCGGCGGCUGCUAAAGCCAGCCUACGGGACUGCGGGGGGCCUGCCACGGGCCAAGCGCAAGUCGGUGCGCACCAUCGCUGUGGUGUUGGCUGUCUUCGCCCUCUGCUUCCUGCCUUUCCACGUCACCCGCACCCUCUACUAUUCCUUCCGCUCGCUGGACCUCAGCUGCCACACGCUCAAUGCCAUCAACAUGGCUUACAAGAUCACCCGACCGCUGGCCAGCGCCAACAGUUGCCUUGACCCUGUGCUGUACUUCCUGGCUGGGCAGAGGCUCGUGCGUUUUGCCCGGGACGCUAAGCCACCCACAGAUCCCACCCCUCCUGUCCAGGCUACCCGCAGGCUGGACCUGCGCAAGUUUCAAAGAACUGACACCAAGACAGAAGAUGGGUCGGCCAGCAGUGAGGACUCCAGACAGACAGAGGCCACGCCGACUGGUGGCGGGAACACUAAGGACAUCCGGCUAUAGGACCUGAACCCCUCGGGCCUAUGCAAGUGCAUAUGGGGAGACUGUACGGACUAGGAUUUUUUCAAAUGGGAUGGUCUCCCAUCUGGUCCUCUGCCUCCUGGGAAAAUCCAGCUAAAUGGUAUAAUGGUUGGUGCUCAGGCAGGGUCAGGCCUUAGUGUGGGCGAGAUGGGUCUCACCUGUGACAGGUUCUGGGUCCAGCCACCCAACGCUUUGUCAUUUGGCAGGGGCUCAGGACACUCUGGGGUCCAGAGUGUUCAUCACUGUUUGCAUGUGUCAGUUAGGAAAUAAGGUUUCAAGAAAGGAAGGGUGCAGGCCCAGUGCCGCUGCUCACCUGACUCACCCACAUAAAGACCUGGCUGUGCCUGCCAAGGUACCUAGGCUGGAGCCCAGCCUAACCAAGUCAAGUGGAGAAACAGGCCCCUAGAAGAGAGUGACAUACCAAGAUCACACAGCAGAGUCUGGGCCUGAGCUGCCUGGGAGGGGUGGGGUCACAGGUUGACCGGAGGACCCUGGUAAGCAGCCAGAGCUUCCCACAGGGAGCCUGGGGCAGGUCUGGAUGCUGCAAUGGAUUCAGCAAUGAAUAGUAUUCCCUGCCCAGGAACAGAACAUCUGGAAACUGAUGUCAUACACCCAUCUGGAGGCUCCCCUGGGCUUAGGGGCCAGUUUGAGGCUGUAACUUAUACUAAAGGUGUUGUUGUCUGCUGAGCUGUGCCCUACUGUGUGGUUGAAGGGUGGGGAUACAGCCUAGGAAACUGUCACCAAUCACACUAGGGUCCUUCCUCCAACCCGCUCUUGUCUGCCACCUGCCUUCCCACUAGCUGCCUCAGCUAUGCUCUCACAUCAGGUAGCCCCACUCCAGACCCCACUUUAAAGCUAAUUGGCUUUUGUGCCUGGUUCUGCUGGGCACAGAGAGGAGUCGGGAUCCCUCAAUUUAGGACUUAAUGGUGAUGACCAGCCAAUUGCUGGUAAAUGUUAAACCAUUUAACUGGCCGGCCAGGGAGGUGAUGGGAACCCCUUAUUUGUAGCAUUGCCAAUUGCCAUGGUGCAAAUACUCUUGCCAUGGCCAAUUUCAGACUACCUCCCUGAAAAAUUCCUGAAAAUUUAACCAUUGGCUCUUGCGAGCAGGUCCCAGUUGCUCCAGCAUAUGACUGGAUAAUGCGGAGUGGUUGGGGCUGUGGACCAGGGGGUCUGGGAAGGCUUCUUGGAGUGGGGGAACCCCUGAGCUGUAGCUUCUGAGAAGAGCGGUUCAUCAAAGAAUCCAAGUGCAGGGUGCAUCCUGGGCAAGGACAUGGGGCAGGAGAGCAGGGUGUGCAGGAACUGGAAGCAGGGUGGGCAGCUGGCACCCAGACUCAAGGCAGGAAUGAAGCCGGGGCCGGGUCACAAGGAGGCCAAGUCAGGGCUCCCUCCUUGCCCCGAGCAUGAGGUUCCCUUUGCACUGAGUAGUGUGGGAGAGACUUACUCUUCUCCCAUCCAUUCCUCUGCCUCCUGGGAAAAUCCAGCUACAUGGUGUAAUGGUUGGUGCUCAGGCUGGGUCAGGGCUUAGUGUGGGGGAGAUGGGUCUCACCUGUGACAGGUUCUGGGUCCAGCCCAGAGCACUCUGGAUAUUUGCGGAGCUCAACUGGACAGGGCCAACUAGCCUUUGGGCAGGAAUAAGGCAAAGCUGACAGACCUCACUCUUCACCUCAAGGAUAAAGACACUCCCUCUUUGGGAGAGCCCUUGCCCUCCCUAUGCGCUCUCUGCCUGAGAGAAAGUUCUUUCCUCAUUCCACUUCCACCAGCCUCCUAUGACUUCUCCACCCUUCCCACUCUACGUUGGCAAAACUGGGCACCCCAGGGGUUGCUCUGUUUAGAGUCUAAGUCUACAGCUCCUUCAUGUGACAGGGACCCAUCACAAGCCAUGACCCAAAUGAUUACUCUGCACUGUACCGUGUGGGCGACCUGCCCAAAGUAGUGUUUCAUGCUUACCUCCCACAUUUUAGGUUCUAUACUUCUAUGAAUGUAACCAGAGUCCCUAUGAGCUUUUUUUGUGACUACCUGUUACAGACUGUCCUCAAGCUUUUCCCGUAGGCUUGAGCCUAUCUCUUUGCUACUAGCUGCUGCUCAGGUGGAACCCCAUCCCAGUGUAUAGGGUCACCCUGCCCAGCUAAGAUGCUCUGCUGGCCAGGAGUGUGAAGGCUGUACUCUGUCUCCCUCAGCCCUGCUUAGACCCAGAGGGAGGGGUUACACAUCAUGACUUUGGGGACUCAAGUGUGCCUUGAUGGUUAGGGUUGGGGCUGUGGCCACCACAGGCCCAAGUUCCCCUAGUUCCCGUUCCUUUCAUAUCCUGCCCACCUAUCCCUCCUGCAGCUGCCCUGGAGACCCCGAAAACCCAAGGUCCCACGGCUCAUGGAGACAACACUAUGUCCUAGCCCGGGAAGGCUUCCUUCCACCAGCUGCCUCCAGAUUUCUAAGGACACAGGACCUAGGGGACUGGGAGAGGGUGGCUGACUCACCAUUUAAUACCGUGGCCGGCAUUGGUGGGGGUGGGGAAUGGAGACACUAAGGGAAGCAGGGUCCCAUCUCGACCCCAGUUGGACUGCCUGGCCCCUUGGUGUGGACACCUGGCCUUGUUGCUCAGUGCCCAGGCCACCCUCCUAGUGGGUGAGGUUCCUGAUCGUCCUGCCUUAUGCUAUUUUCAGCCCAAGUAAGAGCAGGAUUUUCCACUGCCAGCCCCAGACCAUUGUCCAGCCGUGGGGGGACCUGCGUGCUCCUAAAAUAUCUCCUCACUGCCCCGGCCUCCCCGCUCCCUCCUCACCUUGACAUCACUUCCUGAGGCUGUUGACUCCUGAAGGCCACUUUGAAAGGGCACAGCCAACUGACAAGAACCCCAGGGAUUGUCCAGGGCAGCUGCAGACUCAGCUGGAGAGGGGCACGGCCUUGCCCAAGGUCACUCGGCAGGUCAGCAUGGCAACUGGACACGUGCCAGGGGCUCAGGCUGCCCCUGCUGCUCUGCGCCCUUUAGUGCAGGUUGAUGCCUUUGUGGGAUCCUGCCUUCACCUCCACCGCCCCAGUUCUUCCAGUUCUUCCCACCCCAGGUGGACAGAGCCACAGAGCUGAGGCCAGAGAAACAGGGCAGGAGGAGGGGGAGGGAGCAAGGUGGGGCUAAAUGCCUGCUGACUCGUCUGAGCAGGGGCGCUGCUGGCACGAGAUCUCUGCCCUGGGUGGCAGAUGUCCAGGGCCCAGGAGGGAGGGCGGAAUCCCGGAGGACAUUCCCACUCUCACCUUCCAAGGCUAGAAAAGACCCUGAACAACAUGUUCCCCAGACACAGUUGCUCCGGUCUAGAUCCAGGUCAGGCCACCACACUGUCGCGGCAGAUUUGGGCCGAUCUAUUUAGAGCCAGGCACAUGAGGAAGGGAACUUGUGUACUAACUUGGGCCCCAGGUGCUGUGUGGGACCCUCCCACAUUCUCACAUUCAUUGUGUCAUUUAUUCUUCACCACAGCCGUGUGAAAUAGACAUUCUUAUCCCCCUUCAGCACACACGGGGACAGGCUCUGAGAAGUGACGGCUUGCUCCAGGUUAUUCAGGCAGUGAGUGAUUCCAGAUUGAAUCCAGGUCCAUCUGACUCUGUUAGUUCCCUUUCCAGUAUCCCAUGCCACUCGCAACCCCUGUGGGGCAGGAGGGUCUGUAAGUGACCCUUCAUGUAGUGAAGAUGAGAGAGGCCAUGUAGCAAGGAUGAAGCUAAGAGCACAGAUUCUACGCCCAGACCACCGGGGUUUGAGUAUGGUCUCCACUUCUUCCAGCCAUGGCUCCUUGGGCAGAUUACUUACUUAAUCUUGCUGCGCCUUAGAAAUUUUCUCAUUUCUAAAAGGAGGCACGACCUCCCAUGUAGGCCGUUGGGAGGUUUACCUGAGUUAACACAUAUGGAGCAUUUAGAACAGGGCCAAGCCUGUGGUCAGCACUUACAUGCCAGGCACGGUUCCCAGGGGAUAUGGAGUGAAUCAGCCAGUCCGUGCCCUCAUGGAGUUGACAUAAUUUAAUAUGGAACCACAUGAGGACAAGUGAUUUGAAGGAAAGGACAGUGUGUCCAGCCAGUGAGCACCAUGGGUCCCCUGUGGCCGAGGAUUCCCCAGGGUUGGGAGGAAGGGAGCUGGUCCAUCCUGGGGUAAGAUGUAGGACCACCCUGUGCCCUGCCUGGUGCUGGGUGGCUUCAGGCACAUGGGUUUGUGUGGGUUUACAGAGUCUUGUCCAUGUAUCUGGGUAUGGGAGGGCAGCAGGGGGAAGGGACAGUGGGAAGAGCAGGAGAAGAAUGACGCCCUUGCUGUCAAGCUUCUAGAGCCAGCCUAUGGGCUAGAGAGCUGCCACCCACCACGGCAGCAGGUUUAGCCAUUUCUCCCUGACGAGCAGUGCCUGCCACGGGAUGCUGCAGCCGCUCACUCCUUGGUUCAGUCAAGAGCAUGGAGACCCAGGGUGGGAGUAUUGGACUGGAGCUGGGCCAAAGCAGGCAAUGAAUGGGCACGUUUGCUGAGUGACCUGAGGCCACCUGCCUGCCUUCUGUGGGCCACUCUCUGGAGAACUUGCCUCCCAUGUUCCAGUUCUCCCUACCUUAAUUAGGGCAUCAGCUUCCUAGAUUUUCAUCAAAGGCACAACUAACAGCUGCUACCCCAGGCACUCCCAAGGCCCCCUGGGCUCUCAGUUCUGAGGAUGAGAGUGGGGACAUUGGGUCUCCCUUGCAUCAAGUGACCCAGAGAGGGGAAAUGACUCUAUUGUCAACACACAGUCUGAUGCUUCUGGCUCCUGUGGGGUGGAGGAUGGAGCUUGGCCAGGAGUGGCUGAGCAGCAGAGUGAGAAAUCUGCUUGUCUUCCCAAGUGGUAUGUGUUUGUUAGGGGUUAGAGGGUGGAGGGAAAGAAGCCAGAGAAGCCAAACUCUCAUUCUCCUCUGCCCUGAUGCACCAUGUGAUUUGGUGAAUCCCUUCUCUUCUCUGGACCCCAGUUUCUGCAUCUGCAGUGGGGUUCGGCAUGGCCCAGCCAUGCUUCUUCUAGUAGGGGCUUCCUGGGCUUGCCUCUGUCUUGGCUCCAGUUUAGCCAGGUGUUCAGUCUCAGCCCUGUCCCAGCCAGAAACAAUGGGCCAGACCGGGCGAGUCACUCAUCGGCCCCAAACCCAGUCCCUGGGGGCUCCACCCUGGACUAUUUUCAGCCCUUGGAGAUGGAGUCAGAAAAGGAUUUUCCACUCCUAGUACAAUGGCUGCACUGGAGCAUUGUCCAGCAGUAACUGGGGAUACGCCUGCCCCAAAAUAUCUCCCCUGCCCCAACCCUCCAGGGCUCCCUGUCCUGCUCCUCACCUCCCCACCCUGCCAUUGCUCCUUGGGGCUGUUAACUCCUGAAGGCCACUAUGAAACAGCACGUGAGUCCCCCGGGAGAUAUGACCAGUUGGAAUCAGUUUUCUCUCCUGGCAGGGAUCCCAGGGAUUGUUUGGCUGCUUAGAGCAACUAGAGGCCCAGAGAGGGCUGUGCCUUGGCCAAGGUCACGCAGCGGUCAGCACAGAGACUAGAUGUGAUGCCAGCGUGCUCUAGCUGCUCCUGCUGUCUUGGCUGCUUUCACUAGCGCUAGUCUGUACCUCCUGGGAGUGAGAGCUCACCUUUAAGUCUUGGGGUGGACAUCCUGGGAAGAAGCCUGAGUGGCUUGGGACGGAGGGGUGUAUGUUGGGUUCUGACCUUGGAGCUCCCUAUUCAGUCCUGCUUUUACCAAAUGUGGCUUUAGCUUGCACUGAACUAGAGUUACCAAGUAGCAGCUCUGGGAAAAGAAAGAGGUUAGAGGGACACAGGGAAGCUAAGGCAGGAGGAACAGAGCCCUGGCCCAGUUCAGCCAUCACUAGCUCUGUGACCACAGACUCGGUUUCUUCAUCUGUAAAAUGGAACUGUUAAUACCCAUUUUCCUAGUUUACCGAACAGUGAAAAUGCAGUAAGGCACAAACACAACUAUUUUAUUUUCCUCCCAUCAAUGGUCUCUACUCAAUGAUACCUAAUUUCCUUUUCCCAUCCAUAAACUGCAUAUUUGGCAAACUCCAAAACGUUGUGUCACUUUUGAGGAACAAAGUUCAGUGCAGUUUGAAGUUCCAAUCCUUACUUAAUUUAUUGCUCCCUCCUCCUCUUCCCCAGUGCUGGAAGGACCCUCCUGACACCACCUUUGUUCUCUCUUUCCUCCAGGUAUUGGGCAGAGUGGGGAGGGGAGGGACCAGUGCAUCUCCCCCAGUACUGCCGUAGCCCUCUCUCACUGUCCUCGCUUCUCUGGCCAUGGCGGCAGGGCUAUCAGUGUCUCCUCCAAACGCCAUGAGUGCCCCAGCUUUCCUGCUGAGACUCUACGGAUACCCCCCAGUCUCCCUGAGGGAUUUUCCGAGACCAUCCCUCACCUGGCUUCAAGAUGGGAAAGUCGUUGUCCCCUCUUCUCCCCAUUAGGUUGAGAACUCACAAGUGCAGCGAUGUCUUCAAGUCCCCAAGCCCAGGGUCCGGCUGGUAGAGUCAGAGUAGAGGGUGGGAGAGGUUGGGGUAAUAAGCUCUGGGAAGGUGUCUGACCCCAGUUUUUUCAGGUUUCUUUACAAAGUGGGAGUAUUUUACCCUGGUGUGUCCUCAGCUUUAUGUCCUGGAGCCAAAUUCCAAAUCAGCAGCCAUAUGAAAAGUCCCACAUCAUUGUGGGUUGAACUGUUAGACCAGCCUUUGUGACCAAAGCAAUUGCAAAAUGUGGGGGAGGAAAUUAAAAGCCUGCUGCAUGGGUCAUCACACAGUCUGUGCUAGUGUGUGUGUGUGUGUGUGCAAGAGAGAGACAGAAAGACAGAGAGAGAGACAGAGAGACAGAGAGAGAGACA